CUAACUCGCAGAGGGAAGUAACUUGUAAAAGGGGAACUAACUUGUUGAUGAACGUCUGCUAGGAAGGUAGCUAUGUUGUAAACUCCUCAAAAAUUAUUUUUAAAACGUUGGCCGUGUGUGUGCUGGUGUCUGUGGCAAGAGGACUAGAUCUAGACUCUACACGAUUCUGUGGUAUUUCAAUCUUUGCUUUUCUUGUCUAGAUCUAGAUCGAAAAGUUUUACGUCUACAUCUAGAUCUAGACCACAUUAUUCUAGAUUCUAGAUCAGUAGAUGUGCUAGGAGUCUGUGAUUUAUUUUUUGGAUUAUAAUUACAAACGCCAAACUAUGAUCAAAUUCAGUACAAGACUACAUAAUAUUGAUGAUAUUAUUCGACACAUUCGGAUUAUUACCGAUAAUGAUGAUGAUAUAAGUUCAGACUGGCUUUGAGGCUGCACAGGCCUCAUGGAAUAACACUCACAUUUGCCAUGACUACUAAAGUAGUUGACUUUUUAAAUGAAUCAGGGGGAAGCAAUUUCACAGAAAAUGCUCCACGCCCUCCAACCUACGGGGAGGAGAAUGAACUCCAGUCUAAUGGUGGGAACUCCACCAAGAGCAGCAGCUCACACAAGAGCCAUGUCUCCAACAAAUCACAUACUUCCUCCAAAAGUGGGACAUCCACCAAGGGGGAUCAUUCGCACUCGCCCGCCACGACACCUCGCAAGUCCAAUCUGGAAGGGUUUAAGACAACAGAUAACAUGACUCACACGAGUCUUUGUGAAUGUGAAGACAGUGAAAUGGCUGCCCCUCUGGGGUUUGAACCUGAAGGGAGCGCUGCAAACUCACCCCCUUAUUCUGAAAAUGGCACCCCACCACACCUGAAAUGGGCUGAAAAUCUCAGCUAUCUUUUGGAGGAUUCUGAAGGUGUGGAUCUCUUUCAAAAAUUCAUGGAUAAUGAAUUGGAAGGUGGAUCCGAAGUUCUUCAGUUUUGGUUUGCCUGCCAAGGGCUCAAAAGGAAGAUAGGAUUAAAUGAAGCAGACAAAAUUAUCAUAGAUUUACAGAAAGUUAUUUAUAAACGUUAUGUCAGAGGAGAUAAAGUUCGGUGUAUAUCAAAAGAAGUCAAGAAGGAAAUAGCAGAAAAUGUUUCAACGUCAAGUACUCUUGACAAAAGUAUUUUUGAUUCAGCGCAGGAAGAAGUGGAAAAUUAUAUGCGCAAUGUGACUUACCCGGCUUUCUUGAGGUCGGAUAGUUAUGUGCAAUACGUUCAGAAUUAUGUUGAGAGUCCCAAAUCGAGUCAUUCAAGUGGUUCAAAUAGUGCUCGUCCAGUUUCACAGUCAGGUCUUCUUCCUGUGGUGCAUGAGGAUAAAGAGUUGGAGAGUAAAGACUUUUUAUCGCUUUCUUUACCUGUGAUGAAGGCUCCUUUAGCCAUUAAGAGACCUGAAACUUUUGAUCCUCCAGUUCGCCGAAUGGAGACAAUGACUGGCUCUCAACUGUAUAAUCAACGAAUACCUUAUCCUGUGCAUGUUUCGUAUGCCCCUGUUUCGGCACAGGAUAGUGAGUUGCAAAGUUUAUCCAGCGAUGCCCUAACAGAUGAUACUAUUUCUGUAACAGACAGCAGUGUAGAUGGUUAUCAUCAUCCGCUAAGAAAAAAACAUAGAAAAGCUGUGAUGAAAAACCUAGCCCAGCAGAAUAGAGAACUUAGAACAGGAUUGCAUUCACAGAUCAUCCCACGUACUGAGCAUGCACCAAAAGAUAGGAAUAUAGCCGAAGCUGAACCUAAGAGGUUUGCUGAAUUGCUUAUAGAGAAGCUAAACAAAGUCUUAGAAGAAAGAGAAACAACUGCAAAGAUGGAAGAGAAGCUGAAAAGUAUCAAUUCUGUUGAGGUGGAGAAGGGGGAAGUAUUCAGUGAUCAUGUAGUUUUAAAUAAAGGAAAUACAUCUUCAUCAUUUAUGCCUCUAAUCCGUCCUGUGGCCAUGGAAGAAGAAACAGCCGAGAGCAUUCUAGAUCAGCAUUGUUCUCGAAUCUGGGCAUCUUCCUCUCAUCACACCCCAUCAUACUCACCUCCAGGGCAUCAGUCGCCGCCACAUAACAAGUCCCCAGACCGGCACAAAGAUGCUCGCAAGAAAAGCAUGAAUGUACCCACAAUAGCCCAGAAUCCUUACCUAAACAGAAGCUAUCACAAGAAGAGGGACUUUGCUUCUGUUUCGCAUGAUAGCGGAAUAGAAAAUUGUAACUUGAUAUUGUGUGGCACUGAGACCCACAGGCACAUACACCAUCACCACCACCACCACCACACGUCUCGGGACUCUUCCAGCAAGAAGACAUUUGCUGAGGUGGAGGCCCAGGCCUGUGGCUUGGGCUCCUGGAGGACAGAAAACCCUGCUGGUAUCUCUAUUGAUUACAAUCAGGAUAUUGCAGGUAGAGGGCGAUCUAACCUCAGAAAAAGUGCAGGUGGUGUUGUGCGCAAGAGUUCAGAUACUAGUAGUAACAUUGAUAGUGGCAUCAGUGUUAUGGAUUCUGUUAAAAUACCACCAGCAUGGAAUAACCCAACCAAUGAAAAGGUUAUGAAAUGGAUGAUGGAUAGUGAUUCAGUUCAUCCCGAUGUUACUCUUGUACCAGAUGUGGAUAAGAGUUCUUCCUCUCAUAGGCGAGCACAAAAGUUGAAUCAGUCAGCCGUUCCAGCACAACAGUCACGGCCAAGUACGAAGUCUAAAGCUUUUCCAAGAUCCACAUCUGUUGAUAGAGCUGACAGGGGAGCCUGGAAUGGACCAUCUGCAAUCAUGCCAAGCCAACCUUUUGCCCAAGAUUCUUCUAUGCCUCUGCUAACACCACCAAAUCCAACAACGCAACUAGAGGAAGCCAAAAGAAGACUUGAGACCCAGUCUAGAACAACGAUAACUUCAGCUUCUCCAGCUAAAUCCAAAAGUUUUACGGGUAUGCGGCCACCACCUUGUGGUACACCUUUACCAGCAGGUGCUAACAUGAGAUCAGUGCAGCCAGUUAGAAAUGUAACCACACAAUUGGACACCUCCUCAGCUAGUCAAAGUCUAGAUUAUCGGUUAGGCCAGCCAGCCAACGAAACUAUUAUAGGUAUCUACAUGGGCACAGAACCUAUCCCUUACAGACACCAGUUACCAGGUCGUGCUAUCACCUUAGCUCAGAUCAAAACGCUGAUCACCAAACGAGGAGUAUUCAAAUAUUACUUUAAACGUCAGAGUGAUGAAUUUGCUGAUGGAGCAGGUGCUGUGUUUGAAGAAAUCUCAGAUGACAAUACUAUCGUUCCUAUGUGGCAAGGCAAGAUAGUUGUCAAAGUGGACAGGCAGGAGUUAUGACACGAAGUCUGAUAGGCCAAUAGGAUUUACCCCCCCUCCUUUUUCUCUGUGCUCAGAGGCCUACUGCUGUAGCUGUGAUUCUAAGUUAAUGUCGACCACUGUGCUGUGCAGCUCUGCGCUGACUCAAUAGAAGCAGCAGAACUUUCCUCAAGUAUGACCUAGCGCUGAGGUUUACUUCUCCAUGACAUGAAAAAUAUAGGUCACCUUCACCUCUGGAAACUAACACCAACAUACCAAUUAUUUCCCCUACAUUGGGUCAGAUUAUCUUAUAAGAGAAGACAUUUGUGUAGUAUCAUUGCAUGUUCAAGGGAAACAUAUCUGUGCCAGUGCCGCAGCUUCUGUCCCAUAGUGUUGUAUGGUCAGGUUAUGUACAUUGUAUAUUUAUUGAACUCAAAUGUGUAGGUACACACCAUUAUGUUGGUUGUGAGGGUACAGAUGGCUUGGCUGCAAUUAGGUAAUUGUUUUAAUUGUGUACAAACUAUAAAUACAAAUAUACACACAGAUAUAUAUUUAUAAAUAUAUAUAUAUCUUAAUCUCAAUAUUUAGUGUGAGGCAUGUAUAGUGGCAUGUGUGUGGUACUGGAGAGGGGCAUUUUAUGUGUGUGUGUGUGUAACAUGAGCCAGUGUUACAAAUGUGAGGUCUAAUUGAUAACCUCAGUUGUGCUAAACUUACCAUCUUAAAUUACUCAGGGAGCUGACCUUGUCCUCUAAUGGGGAAGGGUCAUUUGGUUAGUGCAACCACAGGGAUUUCACAUUUGAGCUCACAGCAACCAGUGUGAGUGUGUGUGUGUGUGUUUGUAGAAAACAUUUUGAAGUUGUGGUCUUCCACAGUGUUGUGAGGUGUCCACUUGGAAAGUUAUUUGUCUUGAGAGAGUUUAGCCGUCCUGGUUCUCCAGCUAGAUAAUUAGAUAUUUAUUCUUAGUGUUCAAUAGCCUAUCCUUUAGACUGACAAACAGUACAUUAAAUUAUGAGAGCAAUGGUUUGUUACAUGCAAUACCUAAUUGACUGUAAUGAGUUUAUAAUGCAUUAAACUGGAUUGUUAGUUCAUGUUCUUUCACUUAGAUCCAUGUAUAAAGAUCAAGAAAUGUUAGUAACACUUGUGUUCAAAACUAAAAGCUAAUUGCUCUGCAACAUUAGUUCUUAUUUGUAGUUCAGACAAAAUCUUGUGUUACAUGUUAGUUCUGGAGUGCUGGUCACUCCAAUAAAAGUCAGCCAAAAAGGCAAUUCUUAUGACAAGGUUGGAUGGUUGAUGAGGUGUGUGUGUGAACAUAGUUUGAUUGCUUGCGUGUGAGUGGACAAGGUUGUGUAUAAUUUAUUGUUCCAUGGUUUUGUGCAGAAGUUGAUGUACAGAAAUUAUUUUUGUAAUUCUGUUCAGUUUUAGUUGGAACAAAACAUGAUCUAUAUAUAUAUAGGAAACUGUCAUGAAGUUUUAAAACAAUUAAAUUAAUGUCUAAAUGUU